AUGGCUCGUUACCUCAGUGUUGCCGCAGCAUUGGCUGCUACUGGCGCGUGUGCGUUCACACCCGAGUUGCUUCUUAGCACCGUACGUCGCGCUGCCGCCGAUCCCAGUCCAGAUGGCUCAGUCGCCCUGUUCUCGUACACGCAGUACUCAUUCGAGAAGCAUGCGCGCACGGCUGGCAUGAACCUCAUUGAUCUCAAGACCGGUGAGGUCACCAAGUCGGGCCUCGACCCCAGCGAGGUCAACGAAGUGGCCUGGAUUCCUGGUACCGAGACUGGCAUAAUCUACAUCAAUGGCACCAACGAGGAAAUCCCAGGUGGUGUCACCCUGUGGAUUGGUGAUAUCAAGGACCCAAGCGCCAGCACUCUUGUUGCUUCUCUGGAUGCACCAUACUCUGGCUUGAAGGUCGCCAACACCUCUACUGGUGACUUGCACUUCUUGGUCAACAGCUUGGCCUACCCCAAUGGCACUGCAGUCAACCCCGAGACCGAAGUCAAGCCAAUCUCAACUGCCCGUUACUACUCGGAUAUCUAUGUCCGCCACUGGGAUACCUGGCUAACCAAGAACCGCUACCAGCUCUUUGCUGGUACCCUUUCCAAGAACAGCAGCUAUGCUCUCUCUGGCGCUGGCGUGCGCAACGUCCAAAGUGGUAUUAGCUUCACCACUACUCAGCCUGAAACUCCCGUUCAGCCUUUCGGUGAUUCGAGCGACUAUGACAUCAGCCCCGAUGGCUCCAUGUAUGCUUUCGUUAGCAAGGCUCCUCAGCUUAACAAGGCCAACUACACCGCAUCCUACCUAUACGUCGGUGCCUUUGCCUCCAACGAGGCUCCCGUUGCUCUCAACGGCCCUAACUCUGAGGCCUUCAAGGCUGGACACCAGGGUGCUUCUGGUCUGCCAUCCUUCUCCGGUGACAGCUGCAAGCUUGCAUACGUCCAGCAAGACGAGGACUACUAUGAGUCGGACAGGUUCAAGCUGUACACCUACGACGUUGCUGUCGAGGGCCAAGGCGUGGCUGCUAGCAACUGGAAGAGCCUGAGUGAGGGCUUUGACCGCUGGGUGCAGGGACCCAUUACGUGGGCCCACGACGACUCUUCCAUCUACGUCACUGCUGAUGACUAUGCCCGCGUCAAGAUCUUCAACUUCCCAAUCACCGCAGAUGAGAAGUUUGUUCCCGAGCCACUGACAGGAAACACUUCCGUUUCCGCAUUUGCUCUGCUUCCCGACGGUUCACUGUUCGUUGCCGCCACCGCUAUCUGGACUCCCAGCGAAUGGUACAUCCUCGCCGACGGCAACAAGAAGACGCUUCUCGACGCUUCCCAGGUCGACCCCAACCUGGCAGGUCUCAGCUCCAAGACUGUCUCCGAGAUUUUCUUCAACGGCUCCAACCCCGAGCUCAAGCAGCAACUCCAGGCUUACGUUGUCAAGCCCACCUUCUACCAGGAGAACGUUACUUACCCCCUCGCUUUCCUGAUCCACGGCGGCCCUCAGGGCAACUGGGGCAACAGCUGGUCAAACCGCUGGAACCCACAAGUCUGGGCCGACCAAGGCUAUAUCGUCGUCGCACCUAACCCAACUGGCUCUACAAGUUUCGGACAGUACCUGAUCGACUCUAUCCAGGGCGAGUGGGGCAGCUGGCCAUAUGAAGACCUGGUCAAUGCCUGGAACUACAUCAACUCCACCAUGACCUGGAUCGACACCAAGAACGGUAUCGCCGCCGGUGCCUCGUACGGUGGAUACAUGACCAACUGGAUCCAGUCCAACGACCUCGGCAACGAGUUCAAGGCCCUCGUCACCCACGACGGUAUCUCCAACACCGAGGGCGCCUGGGCCUCUGAGGAGCUCUGGUUCAUCCGCCACGAUUACGCCGGCAACAUCUGGGACUCACCCGCCUACCGUCAGUGGAACCCCCAGAACCACAUUGCCAACUGGUCCACUCCCCAGUUCGUCAUCCACAACACGCUCGACUACCGUCUCCCCGAGAGCGACGGCAUCAGCCUGUUCAACAUCCUCCAGGCACGCGGCAUCCCCAGUCGCUUCCUCAACUUCCCUGAUGAGAACCACUGGGUCCUCAAGCAGGAGAACAGCUUGGUUUGGCACACUGAGAUUUUCAACUGGAUCAACCACUGGUCCAAGGGUGAGCCUUUGAGCACUACCCCCAUUGGCAACUAA